AUGAUACUUCCAAAUAUUAAAGUUUAUCUUGAAUAUUGUGAUGUGAAUAAUAAUGAUUUUAUUAUUACAAAAGAAAGGUUUUAUAGUUAUUAUAAUAAUUUUAUUAAUAUUUUUGAAGAAAUUAAAACUAAUCAUAAUGGUUUUAAGGAUUGUAUUGAAAAAUAUUCAUCGGAAGAAAAAUUAAUAUUUGAAAAAAUUAAGAGACAUUUUUCUCCUGAUAUAAUAACAUCAAAAAUUAAAUUCAACGUGUCUUUUAAAAACCUAAUGAAAAAUAGUCCUUUUUUAAUUAUCUCUACGUUGUUAUUUUAUAGGUUUUUCUUGUUAAAUUUAUUUGGAUUUAAUUUAUUUUAUAAAUCAAUUAAAAAUCAUAAGGUUGAGUAUAGAAAAGGAUAUUAUAGUGUUGUUGAGUAUUUUAUUGCUAUUUAUUUAAUUUCCAUCAGAGAGUUUAUUAUUAUGUUUAUUUGUGAUAUUGCUACUUUUAUCUAUUUUUCUACAAAUUGGAAGUUUUUAUUUGUGUUUAUCAUUUUCUAUCUAUUAACAUUUAACUUCAUUUACUUAAUUUGUUUAAUUUUAUCAUUAUCGUUUAAUGAGUUUAUUUAUUAUCUUUUAUCAGGAGCAAUUAAAUAUGUGCUUUCAGAUAUUUUUAUUUAUCAUGAGGGGGCUUCUAUGUAUAUUUUUGAAGGUGGUUUAGAUUUAAUUACAUUUGGUUAUUUUAAUAUAUCAACGAUAAAAAAACUUAGAAAGUUUAUUUCACCGUUUAAUCUACUCUCAGAUUAUAGUUUUUCUAUGGAAACUUUUCUAUGUUGCUUGUUGACGUUAAUAAUUUUAAAUUUCUUUAUUAUAACUUUAACUUUAUACAAGUUAAAAACGGUUUUAAAGGGUAGUUAUGGUAAGUUUAAUUUACUAAAAGUUUAA